AUGUCUGAUCCUGCUCCAAAGAACACACAAGUUUCCGACUUUGUGAAAAAUUGGCGUCAGAAGAACCCCAAUGAUUCCAUGGCACCACUAAUCGAUCUUUGCGACGGUCGACGCUAUGACCAGAUAAACAUCGAAAUUCUAUCAGACACAUCAAUGAUGUUCUCUGCGAUUAGCAGCCGAAUUCCGACCCCGGCGAAACAGGGCAGGUUUCACAUCUUGGGGAUGGCCCGAAAACCUAUCCACUACGCGUAG